GAGAACACCAUCCACCAUGGAAACCAUAUUUUACACAGCCACACCUAUUACAUUAAUUAUUAGCGCGGGAUCAUCAAAGACUUAUCUAGAGAUGACAUCGGGUAGGUCGGGGAGGCCCGGUAGCGCAGUGGGUAAAACGCUCUCUUGUCAAACUACAGGGAGAAAGGUUUGAGAAAUCGCACAGGAUGAUGAUGAUGAUGAUGAUGAUGAUGACGGUGGUGGUGGUGGUGAUGAUGAUGAUGAUGAUGAUUAACCUUAGCCAAAGUUUUUAUUUUAUUAAUAAAUUGUAUUGUAAGAGUCUUCCUCCACACAAUAGUUUUAAACAGUAAUAAAGUAAUAAAAAUUUGUACUUGGCAUGAAAGGUAACUGUGAGAGUCAAAAUUGCCAGGAAGACUAGAAAAAGAAGUAACUGUCAGUACAAGAAUUUAACAAGUACAGAGAUUUUAUCUACCUCCUGACAUUAUUUUUUGAUUAGCGUACGAACCACCUCGCGAUAGACAAACAUUACACGGUGGUCCACGGGUUGCUCUGAUUAACUCUGUGCCAUCAACUGAUUUCUUUCUGUACUUUGGCACAGCUAUAGUAGGGAACACCUUUAUCAAUGAACAGCACAGUUAUCAGUUGAUAUCAGCGAGUCGAGUGCAACAACAAUAAACGACAAAAUGGCGAAGAAAUGUUUGUGGCUUCUGUUUGUCGUCCUGUUUCUAGUCACAGGGAUUGAGGGUGUCUCCAGAGAAAGUGCCAUAACCUUGCAGAACAACGAAUACACAAACAUUCUCGUCUCAAUCAGUCCUGAAGUUUCGGCGAGUUCAACUCUUGUCGCGACAAUCAAGACUACGUUCACGAAAGCGUCCGCCAUUUUGUACCAAGCAACCAAUCAUCGCGCAGUGUUCAGGGAUGUCACCAUACUGGUUCCGAGCACGUGGCCAACUGACCCGUCCUACACCGCAGCCACCACCCAAGUUUUCAGCAAUUCUGACAUCGUCUUCGUGCCGCCACCCGCACCUGCUCCACCCCAGUCUAACCCUGGAGCAGGUCAGCUAGCCGGGUCGUCUGCCACCCCACGUCGUGUGGACGUCGCUUCCACGAAAGCUUUCGCAGGAUGCGGACUUCCGGGAAUACGCAUUACCAUGGCAACUGAUUUACUGACGAACAGAGCUUUAACGCCUACAUUUGGAGCUCCAGAAAGGAUACUGGUCCACGAGUGGGCACGUUUCCGUUGGGGAGUCUUCAAUGAGUACCCGGAUGCUGGUGAACCGGGAUUCUACUUUUCCACAGUUACAGGCCAUGUAGAACCGAUAAGAUGUGCUCUGAGCAUCAACGGCGUCCUCUUCAAUACCAGUACUACCGAAGUUAUUGUUCACCGAAUGUCACUGACCCUACUACAGGACUGUUUCCUGAAGAGUGUGAGUUCAGACCUUACCCUGCUGGUCCCAGUCAGAGUGUGUGCAAGGCGUCAAUCAUGGACAACCGACCAUUCAGCCUUCCAGUUCUGCGACGACGACCAGUCUAACAGCUCCACGGCACAUAACUACGAAGCCCCUAGCCACCACAACCUUCGCUGCGGCCACCGCAGCACCUGGGCAGUGAUUUCUGAAUCCUCUGACUUCAACAACGGCAACAACCCGCCAAGACCCGGACUGAGCACCACACCUGUGUUUACUGUGGUUCAGGCUCCAAAGACUCGCCGGCUAGUGGUCGCCAUCGACACAUCUUCUAUUAUGGCUGUGAAUGAGAAACUGAGAGAAGUCCACCAGGCCGCCACAACCGUCCAACGGGAGAAUACGUCACCCGAUGUGGACGUUGUUGUGACGUCGUUUGGAGGCGGAGACGAGGAUCCACUGGCGGCAGCUACACCGACCACGACACCAACUUCCGCUGAUUUUGAAUUGGCCUGCCAGACAUUUCAAACACUUUCUGUCCAGAGCGGAGUGUGGAGGUACUCAGUUACCUCCCCCGAGGCUCAGAGAGUGUCGUUGCUGGUGUUGGCAAGUCCAGCCAACACCUCCGGCUCCCCUGUUCGUCUCUCAGGUGGUCUGGUGGUCAGUCAUCUGGAUGACCAGUUGCCCAUCAUGCGCAUCUUUGCUGAGGCCACCCAGGGAGAUCGAGCGGUCCCUGGCCUAACGGUAGAGGCCACGGUGUUCGGUCCGGAAGGAGAUCCGGUGACAGUAGUUCUUCUCGAUAAUGGAGCAGGUGCUGAUAUUCAAGAAGGAGAUGGUGUGUACUCAAGAUACUUCUUUGAGUUGACCCAUUCGGGGAUUUACAAUGUUCGUCUUUCUGCCUUCGGCUCAUGGGCCCAGCAUGGGAGCAAGGGUGAACAAGAAGACCAUCACAAAUAUGUAACGCGAACAGCUAUAGCUGGAAGUACACUGAUACACCCCAAUAUGACUAAUCAACAUGGGAGAGACAGAGACCUGCUACCACCAGCACGGAUACCCGACUUACUAGUAGUUAGAACCAUCAGGGAAGACAAGGUGGUCGUGUUAACCUGGACAGCCUCUGGUGAUGAUCUAGACAAGAGCAGAGCUUCCAAAUACUUAAUUUUGCUGGGACACAGUGUCAGCGACCUUAUGACCCACGCCAGUAGUGUGAACACUUUGGUGCAGGAGGAUGUAAUACACGGCAACCUGUCGUCGCCGAAAGAAUUUGGUGAACGAGAGUACCUGGCCUUACGCAUCCCAUCUUCAUUCAGCAAAGGUCAAGGGUUCGCCCUGAUGGUGAUGGCUGUGGACGAGGCUGGAAACAAGGGCAAGCACUCUAAUUACGUCACCGCCAGCUUCGACCACCCUACGAUCCACAAGAAACACUGGCAAGAAGCUCAGAAAAUGUUCCAGGACGUAGUCAUCAAACGACCCAGACAUCGACGACAAGAGACGAAUUUUCUGCAAGUCAGUCAAGAAGCUAUUAAUAGUAACGACAAGAGAGAACCAAGAACAUCAACAAGAUGAUCCUCCCUCAAGAAAUGGAACCUCUUCUCACGAAGCACCAACGGUCAAAGAGGUCGGAGUCGAAGAAGGACGCAGACACCCGAGCGGAUGUCUCACGAAAUGUAAACACAGGGAUCGCAAUUCUUCUCGUUGGCUGUGUCCUUGCUUUCCUCGUCACCACCUUGCCGACGUGUCUGGCGAGAAGAGCGACGAGAGGAGAGAGAGGCAAGACGGACACAGGCAACUUGUUUCAGGUGAAGAUCGAUCGCUAAUUAUAGACUGUCUGCGCACACGUCUGUCGUGGUCAGUCGGCGCCUUUCUUGUGGUGGCUGUCGCUACAUCACAGCAUCAACUGCUGACACCUUCCUUUCCACACCUGCCAGCGUCUGGCAGUUUAUUUCCCUCCCCUCAUCCCAGACAAAAAAGCUCUUGAGAGGAUUUUAUGUUUUUCAUGUCGGAGGAGAGAUCUGAGCUAACUUGCAAAAUAUACGCCACACAUAUAUUGCCGGACAAUUUUUUUGGCCAAUUAUGUAUCAAAUUUGAUUUUAUGACAUUUAAAAAAACGAUUUCGACGCUAAAAAUAAUUUAAAAGAUGGCUGAUCUUGUAAUCAUUGAUAAACAAGUUUUAUUAAUGAUUCGAAUCAUUUCAGAAAACAUCUUUACUGCAAAUGUCGUUGUCGCUACAUCCUCCUCCUCCUCCUCCUCAUCAUCAUCAUCAUCAUCAUCAUCAUGUCUCGAGCGGUGAAACCCAGAUACCUCACCCCCAUAACCUGCUGAAGACCGGCCAGGGGGGAAAUGACAUUUGUGCCAGCCACAAGAACCUGUUCAGCCGCUGACAGGCGCUCCCGCCAUCCUCCUCCAUUACCAUCCAGUUGAGACUACCGCCAGGUCUUAACCCGAGGGUGAGUGGUGCCGCCGAUGUUUAAUCUAUCUUGGAGUUGUCUCCCGAUCGAUGGCGGAGUACAAUUAGAGCCGAGGCCAAGGUUUUCAAGACCACAUACACUGUAAGCACUGUGCCACCCAAUAAAAAAAAUGUCGCCGAAAUCUGGGUCUUGAAACAACAAUUUUCACCCCAGAGACGAAAGGCUCUCA